AGAAGGCAGGAGGAAGGAACAGGUCUUUGAUAGUUUGAUUUGCUUUUGCUCAGCUUACCCAAAGAUGUCUUACAACCCUUCUCUCAUCAGCCCAAGUCCUAGAGAGGAUCCCAAGGGUGGCAGUUUCUUGGAGGAAAGCAGUGGUGGGGAUGAUGACAGCAAUGUCCUGGGAGGGGACAGCCUGGUCACAGGGCCGCUGGGUGCAGUGCUGCUGGCCAUGUGCCUCACUGGGAUGGUGGGGAACAUCUACACAGUGGCAGUGGCCUCUGGCAGGGUGGCAGGCUGCUCAGCAGGUUCCUUGGGAGUCUACAUGAUCAACCUUGCCCUGGCUGACUUCCUGUACCUCUCCACCAUCCCCUUUGUGGUUUGCACCUACUUCACCCACGACUGGUUCUUUGGGGAUGUGGGUUGCAGGCUUCUGCUUGGCCUGGACCUCCUCACCAUGCAUGCCAGCAUCUUCCUCCUGACCGCCAUGAGCCUGGAGAGGUACUGGGCGGUGGCCAGGCCUCUGCGGGCCAGGCAGGCCAGCAACGCCUACCGCAAACUGGCCAGCGCCAUCCUCUGGCUCCUCUCGCUCCUGCUCACUGCCCCCAUGAUGGUGAUGACCCAGCUGCGGGAGGGGGACGGCCCCCACAAGCGCAUCUGCGUCCCCACCUGGACGCCAUCAGCUUUCCGGCUCUACCUGACCGUGCUGUUCACCACCAGCGUCCUGGCGCCCGGUGCCGUGCUGGGCAUCGUCUACACCCGCCUGUCCUCGGCCUGGCACCUGGGGCUGCCGGUGGCCGGCCGGGCCCCUGCCUGGCAGCUCCUCUCCAGGAUCUCUGCCAUCGUGGUGGCCUACUGGGCCUGCUUCCUCCCCUUCUGGGCCUGGCAGCUGGCCGGGCUGUACCAGGGAGAGGGGCUGGGCAUCGGCCCCACUGCCCAGGCCUACCUUAACUUCGGUGUCACCUGCCUGGCCUAUGGCAACAGCUGUGUCAACCCCUUCCUCUACACCCUGCUUGCCAGCAGCUACCGCCGGAGCCAUGGCCGCACCGGGCCGGGCGCGGCACGGCCUGCAGCACCCUCUCAGCAGGUUGCGGGAAGCCACAGCAUCCCCCUGGCUUUCAUGGAGCUGUCGGGGUCUGUGAGGGAAAGCGAGGGGUGA